UAUGGGCAUUUGUAUAUGGUCCAGACCUGUUUCAAGCUCUGUAUUUCUGCUUUUUUAGAACCGCCACUGACUACUCCUGUCCAAAAAACAAAAGAAUCAUUGCUAUAUCCUUAUGGGGAGGACCACGGAGAUGCAAAGAACCCCAAGGCAGAUGAUGGCUCAUCUCCAAAGAUCUCUACUGACAUAUCUUUCCCCUUCUAUGGCAAGGAUUACCGCUCUCUCUAUGUAGACAACAAUGGGGUGAUCUCCUUUGAUACAACACUUCCAGAAUUUGCACAGUCUCCUGAUCCUUUACCUUUGAAGGAUGGCCCACCCCUUAUUGCCCCAUUUUGGGGUGAUGUCUACACUCCUAUAAAGGGGGAAGUCUUCUGGAGGCAGACCCGGGACUUUAACCUCCUUAAACGUUGUACUGCAGACAUCAAUCAGUUCUUUCCUGAGAUCCCUUUCACAGCUGCCUGGGCCUUUAUUGCAACUUGGGACAAUGUGGCCUAUUAUGGGUCAAAAUCAAAGAAAGUCAAUACUUUCCAGGCUGUUCUGACCACUGAUGGAGAUCAAUCCUUUGUUAUGUUCAACUAUGUGGAUAUUCAAUGGACCACGGGGACAGCCAGUGGUGGGAAUGCCAGGACAGGCCUUGGAGGAACCCCAGCUCAGGCUGGAUUUGAUAAUGGAGACAAAGUAAACUACUACAUCAUGCCUGGAUCCUACACUUCUGAUAUUAUCAAUAUUGCAAAAACUAGCAAUGUGAACAGUCCAGGUUUCUGGAUAUUUCAAGUGGAUCAGAUUGUGAGUGGGGUCAGCACAGACUGCUACUUGUGAAUUCAGGGAUCAUGGAGCAGCUUCUCUCUCCCUCUACAAAUCCCUCAGAUUCAUUUACAUGCGGUACAUUUGUAUAUUUGAGGCAAAAAGUUUCAACAUUUCUUUUAAAAGGGAUUCAUCCCAACUUUUAUUUCUAAUCAAUCUAUUCUCAGCAUAACGGAAUUAAGGCAUUUGUUAUCUAUAUUUCUCACUGGACUAAAAUGCACACACUUUUUCUCCUCUGCAGCCCCACUAGAAUGAAUAAGACAUAUCUGAGAAUAUUGAUGUUUGUUUCAUUUUAUAAUUGCAUUUUUU